AUGUAUAAGCGCACUUUGUCUCCUUCUUCGUCUUCUCGUCGCACUCGGGCCUCUACCUUGGCAAUUUUACCCGACGUCGACCCCGAACAUCUCAUGCGUCAAACGAAAAGAAUGAGAAUUACUUCCCAAGUUCCUGGUACUACCCAGACUCCCACGGUUGACGCUUCUCGAAGGGCUCUCGACACCAUUAAGGAUCGAUAUCAAUCCGGUCCUUCUCGCGAUCAACAAUCGUCUCAUCUCGAUGACCAGGUCAUCGAGCAAUAUUUUGACUUCGAAGGGGGUGCUGGGCCAUCUGCCACUGGUGAGAACCUAUCUCCCGCCAAAUCCGUCGAAUCCGAACACGGCACCGUUGUCGAGAAUCAAAAUUCUCCUGGUAAUAAGUCCCCUGUGCCACCGUCUGAUUAUUCAGAGGGACUUGUCGAGCUUCCCCAUGAACUUGGACACAUUUUUCACGCCCCUUGUAAGGUUCCGGUCAAUGACAAACUGAACGAAGCUCUGGAUCGUUUCCGCGAAACCAACGCCAUCAAGCCCACUGUAAAGUGGUUUAAGAACGCUGGUAUCGUUGUGGGAGCAAGAACGGUUACUUCCAAGGUUACCUUUGUCCUGGAGCACGAACUCUGUGCGGCUUCGGUCCGUUAUCGAUCCCUUCCUGCCCAUGAUCAAUCCGCCUGUCUGACCCAACUUUCGGGUUACAUCCAUCUCUUUACCUCCCUUCUCCUUCCUCUCCCCUCUCAACAUCUGGAUCUCUACAAAUCUCUCCAUCUUAUUUCUGCCAACUACGCUCCUCCUACUGCCGAUGAAACUCUGGAUCAUCUUACUUCUACUGGUGAUCCUACAGGAUUGAGUUCCUCUCAACCAGUCGCCGGUCCAUCCUCUUCUCCCCAUACUCCUCUUCCCCGCAAUGUCAUUCGUAUUCCCGCUUCGGCCCCUCGUCCCCGAGCCAAUUCCACCACCUCCAAUUUCUAG